AUGCUCGAAGCGAUUCCAGGGCGAGUCUUUGUCGUCGGCGUUUGUCUUCUCAUUACGACAAUAGCUUAUUCUUCCCAAUUCUUUGUUUUCGCACCUGCUCUCGGAGGAUGGUCUUUAGCAACGGUCAAAGUUCUAACCCCUUUGAAUCUGCUCGUUCUGAUGGUAUACUACAACUACUAUUUGGCAGUAACUACGGAUCCCGGGAGAAUUCCGGCAGAUUGGGAACCACCAUCAUCUCUAUUGAUUACAACCAAGACCAAUCCCUCGGAGGGAAUUACAGGUCCCCGUUUCUGCAAGAGCUGUAAUAUUCACAAACCGCCAAGAGCCCACCAUUGCCGGUACUGUCGCCGUUGCGUCCUGAAAAUGGAUCAUCAUUGCCCGUGGAUAAAUAAUUGCGUUGGUUAUGCGAAUUAUGGUCACUUUAUGCGAUUUGUAUUUUAUGUGAAUUUCGCUUGCUUUUAUGUGGUUGUACUUUUGAUAUGGAGAGUACGCAGCAUUAUGGAUGCCAUUCGACAUUUUCAGUUUGACGCCGAACCGAGUACAUUGGAAGUGGCCUUCAUGGUAGUGAAUUUUGUACUAGCGUUUGUCGUACUUUUCUGUGUGGGCAUUCUAUCGAUGUAUCAUCUCUAUUGCAUGGCAAGGAACCAAUCCACCAUUGAAAGUUGGGAGCGAAGCAAAGUAGAGAAGCUGAUCCGACGAGGCAAAAUACCACCAGUCGAAUAUCCUUUCGAUAUUAGCAUUUACAAAAACUUGUGCGCCGUGCUAGGCAACAAUCCAAUGUUGUGGCUGUGGCCACGACCCAUGCCUGGUGAUGGUUUAUCUUUUCCUAUUCGUCCGUGCGUCGGUAAGGAUGUAGUAUGGUCAUACGCCUCUGGCAAGCGUGAGUUUUAA